GGAGCAGAUUUGGAGCUGGAAGCGCACCAGAUGAAAAGAGCUCAGUAAAAUACAUUAAAAGAUUCAAAGAAUUGAAUGUUUUCAGCGGGCUGCCCCCCGAGAGUGGAUAUAGCGGUCCCUCAUAUCGGGGCUCUCCAUUUACAUUAUUCAUACGGAGGAGGGUGUGACCUGUUGGCUGGUUUUUUUCUGUCUGUAUAAAACGAGAACUUCGCGUAAAAGAAAAUACAGAUGGAGAAGGCUAGCCGGCUCGCUGUGUCACAGAGAGUCCCCUUAAGCCUACGUGACAACUCACAUACUGUCCCUUUGUGACCAGCUUAAUCGGCAGAAUGCCCGAUGUCUGUGUGCUUUGUCUGGUUGCCGCGCUGGCUGCAUUCGCCCGGCUCGCCGGCACGGUGGGCCCCGUGGUUCGAUGUGAGCCGUGCGACGCCGGCGCGCUCCUGCAGUGCAAGCCGCUGCCGAAAGACUGCGUGGAGCGGGUCAAGGAGCCCGGCUGCGGCUGCUGCAUGACGUGCGCCCUCGGAGAGGGACAACCGUGUGGAGUGUACACAGCGCGCUGCGGCUCCGGCUUGACCUGUCGGCACCAGCCCGGGGAGAGCAGACCCCUGCAGGCUCUCCUGGAGGGACGGGGAGUGUGUUCGAGUCCCGCGUCCAAAAAACUGAACAGUGUUCUCAUGCCACCGCAAAAAGAAGAAAAUGCUGGAAAUCAGGUCGAAGACUCUGUCAAUGUCACCCAGACGAUUACAGUGCUGCCUGGCGUUGGAACUGUGAAGGAUGGACAUAGUCGGGGGUCGAUGGACACCAGGGCUCCUUUGCACAACAUAUUAAUCCAGAAGGAUGAGAACAGGAAGACCCAGAGCUACAAGGUGGAAUCAUUAUCAGGAGGAACCAAUAUGGAUGUGCAUAACUUCUCUGUGGAGAACAAGAGGGAGAAUGAGGGCCAUGUCGGCGGGAGAUGGAGAGCAUCCUUAACAGCCUUAAAAUCAGCAACGUGCUCAACCCUAGAGGCUUCCGCAUACCCAACUGUGACAGAAAGGGUUUCUACAAGAAAAAGCAGUGUCGUCCGUCCAAAGGCAGGAGGCGGGGCUACUGCUGGUGCGUGGACAAAUAUGGGCAGCCUCUCCCCGGCUACGAUGGCAGGCAGUGGGGCGAGAAGCAGUGCUACAACCUGGAGCGCAAAUGAGAGGAUGGAGGAACGACAAGUGGACGGAAAGGGGAAGACAGUGUAAUAUGGGGGAGGGAUGGGUGAGGGGGUGAGGGGGGCGAAAAAGAACGAGAUCCAACUGUGCUCUUGCAUUUAGUUUUAUGUAAACAUCUGAAGGAACUCUGGACCUCUGAUUUCAGGUCCUGCUUCUGUUGGAGGGAGGGGGGACUAGGGGAAGGUGAGGGGGAGGGGUAAAGGAUAGCGCACAGCCUUCUGUCCAUCACAGCUAUCUGUCCUGUGCUAGGGGGACCCACCUCUGUCCUUUCUUUAAAAUAAAAGUUUAAGCUGAAAGCUGGGGAGGGGAGGGGGACCCGUCAACUGCACUAUUCUUUUAGAGAGAGGAAGGAGGGAUUUUUCCACUCACUUUAAAGAGGACUUGUUUGUGACUGUGAUCUGCACCCCCACCUCUUAAAAAACCAACACCAUUGUUUGUUUGUUUGUUUGCGUUUGUGUGCCCGUCUGCCAGUGUGUAACUGCGCGUGUGUGUGGCUGUGUAACAUGCAUGCACAGCUGCAUGUCUGCAUGCAAGAGGUGUGUGAGUUUGUGUGUUUGUUUGUGUAAAUACUGCAUGUCACUAAACUCAGUUUAGAGAUGUCUGACUGCCCAUCCCCAGGCCCUGCUCCAUUAAACAAUGCAGAAAAAACAUAGCACUCUGGCUCAGGGUCCAUUAUUAAGUGAAGGAUUAUAGAAUAUUUGAUGGUAGGGCUUUAACUUUUUAGUGUAGCUCGGGGGGCGGCCUUGCUGUUUCUAGUUCCUUGUUACUAACCUGCAGGGCAAAGGGAUUGGAGGCAGUCCAUGCAGCCACAGUGCCUUAAAAACUAGCCUUUCAUUGCCUCCUCUUCAGCUUCAGCUCUUCCUCUUCUUCAGUAGCAUAAAGGAAUACUUCACUGAAAAGCUACCUUAUGAGUAUCGUGCUUGACAAUUUUAAGGCUUGCAUCUUUGAUGAGGAGAGCAGCUGUAACUAAACCAGUAUACACAAAGAUCCUGAUACAGUGCCAUGAAACUGUAUUUUCUCUUUCUCUUCUUCCUUUUUUUGUAUAUUUGCCAUACCUAAUUGUUUCAGGUCAUCAAAUGAAUUCUAAUAUUGGACACAGAUAGCCAAAGGAAAGACAAAAUGCAGUUUUCAAAUAAUGUUUUUGUUUAGCAAGGGGGAAAAAGCUGUCCAAACUUACCUGCAUCUGGUUGCAUUUCAAUGAUAUUGGAGAUGCGAACCUGAGUGCAGAAUUAUAAAAUUAGGAGCUGGCUAAGCUGAUCCCAAUUUUUUAUUUUCAGCCUUUUUCCAUUGUGGAAAACAAAAGUUUUCAAACUUUUCCAGGCCUUAAACCUGAUGCGUAUUCUCCCUCAUAGUAGUAAAUGUAUAAAAAUAAGGCUUUUAGGAAAACAGUGAAUAAAAAAAUCGCUUUUCUGAAAAAGACAAAAUUUGCAGUUCAGUAUUGAAUAUUACAUAAAAUAACCUUUAUAUAAAGUUUCUUUGAAUGGCAGAGAUGCAGAAAUGUGUGCAUGUAGCACAGAGCUCAGUGUCUAAGUGUCUUAAUGAGACUCAAUGUGCCUUGAAGCGAUUUAGAAUUCUAUCUUGUUUGAUCUGCUGCUCACCACAAACAAGCACAAACAAAAGUUUUGGAUUUUUAACUGUAUUUUCAUAAGUUUGACAGCUUUUCAUAUUGAUAAAAACCUCCCUUAUGGCCAUUCAUACUAAAAAAAAGUAAUUAUACAACAAACAAUUCAAUGAAAGAAAAGUUUCUGUCCAAAGAGUUGUGCUGACAGAUUUCUUUCAUUCUCACAGAUGAGAAACAAAGUCACUGAUAUCUAUUAGACCGGAAACAGUUACAAAGCCAUUUCUAAAGCUUUGAGACUAGAGUGAGAACCAUUAUCCACAAAUGGAGAAGUGGUACACCUUUCUAGCAGCAGCUCGAAUCAUUCAGGUCACAAUAGAAUUUAUAACAGCAUCUUAAAAACUACAGGCCUCAUUUGCCUCAGUUCAAGUCAAUGUUCAUGUUUCAACAAGAAGAAAGAAACUGGGCAAAAAUGGCAUCUAUGUGACAGUUUCAAGGUGAAUACCACUGCUGACCAAAAAGAACAAAAAGCCUGGCAAAACACAUCUUGACGGUCCCCAAGAUUUUUGAGAGAGGAAGAAAGACACACUUUGGAAAAUAUGAGUCAUGGUUCAUCUAGCAUUAAAUUAACACAGCAUUUCAUAAAAAGAACAUCAUACCAAUAGUCAAACACGGUGGGGUAGUGUGAUGGUCUGGGCUGCUUUGCAGCAUCAGGAUCUGGAUGACCUGCUGUAACUGAUGGAACCAGGAUUUCUGCUCUACUAGAAAAUCCUGAAUGAGAAUGUCGGGCCAUCAGUUUGUGCCUUGAGCCUGAAGGGCACUUGGGUAACGCAGCAAUACAAUGAUUAAAGGCACCCCAGCAAGUCCACCUCUGCAUGGCUCAAGAAAACAGUGGACUAGUCAAGGUCUAGUCUAAAUAAGAUGCUUUGGCGUGACCUUAAACAGACCAUUGAUGCUCGAAAACCAGGGCUAUCUCUGUCUAACAUUAAAAUUUGAUAAGUGUGAUUAAAAUGCAAAAUAACUAAAAAAAUCAGGAAAAAACAAAAAGUUUUCAUGGCACUGUAAACUUCUUAAACUGCUUUUGAAGCAAAGUCCAGUUCUUCAGGACACAUUUUAAGAGUGUAAGCUUAUAGUUCUACUGGAUGCUAAAGCUACGUUAUUAUUAUAUUACAUCUACAGAUGCUGCUUGGCCAUGGAAACCAUGCAAUGAAGCUCCUGGCAUACAGUUUUUGUUCUGUUAAUGUCACAGAAUAUGUAGGAGGGAAGAUUUUCUGACUCAGUAUAUAUUUUGUCUUGUCUCCCUCCCAUCACCACCAAGUGUUCACGGCAGAUGGCUGCUCCUUGGUUCUGCUCGAGGUAUCUUCCUCUUAAAAGGGAGUUUUCCUUUCCACUUUUGCCAAGUGCUUGCUCAUAUGGGGUCAUAUGAUUUUGGGGGUUUUCCCUGUAUUAUUGUUCGUUUUUUACCUUGGAGUAUAAAGCGCCUGAUGUGACUAUUGCUGUGAUUUGCAACAAUUGAAUUGAAUUGAAUUGAAUUGAAUUGAAUUGAAUUGAAUUGAAUUGAAUUGAAUUGAAUUGAAUUUCACCAGCUUGUGAAAAAACAUCCACUAAAUUGGCAUAAAAAGUGGAAGAAAAUGAUACUUUAUGAAGGUUGGUCAACUCUUUUGUUGAUGUGAAAAGCCACCCAAAGUGAAAAUGACAAUGGGAAUGAGCAGUGGAAAGACGGCUUAUGUAGCAACAGCAGGAAUGUUUAGUGGAAUUUUGCAUACUUUUUUGGUAACUGCAGCUGCCAAUCCCUGUAGCAAUAGCAAGUCACAAGCUCUUCAGAGUGUCCUGUCAUGCUAACAGGUUCACGUUUGAUAUCUGAAGACAUGUUUUCAGAGGAGUAUUAAGCACCUGCAUGCUGCUUUGCAAUUUUAGGGAUCACUUUGGCUAGAUUAACUUCUCAUCUUUCUUUUUGGUGCCCCUGCUGUUCUUGUCCUCAUCCAUGUCCCCCUUUGGCCUUCAGCCCCUCUGUCAUACAUCUUCUCACUGAGCCCAUCCAACCCUUCUUGUCUUCACCCCUACUGUUGGAAGGUUUGUCCUAUUCGUGUGCCUAAUUUCCUCUCUCCAGCACCCUGCCCACCUCCACUACUCCUCUCUUGUCAGUGAUGCAACCUGGUGUAGGUAUUUUUUUUAAUCGGGGUGAGCCCGGUAUCACUGGCUUGCAUUGCCACAGGUGCCAGCUGCCCCUCAUGCUUCAAGCACAAGCACUUAAAGCACUUUAGCUGCACUGCUACUUGUCAAUGCAUGCAGUUAAAGAUAAUUGGACCUAUCAGCAUCUGGAUUCCUUUCCUAGGUAAUGUCAGAUGAAAGAGUGUGAUACAGUUAGAAAAACAACAACAACAAAAAGCAAUACUAACCUAUGGAGGAGGAGAAAAAAAUGUAAGAAAGAAAGAAACAAAACUACACCAGGACUUCUGACAGCAAACUUAGAGAUCACCCCCUUUAGAAGUUUUCCAUUCAAUGCAACUAUUUCUUUUCUCUUUUCUUUUGGUUGUUGUUGUUGUUGUUGUUUCUUUGAAAAAACUUGCUUGUAUGAUCGUACGCCAACAAAUCUCCACAAGGUGGACACGGCACCAAAUAUGCAUUCACACAAGUGGUAGGGGGUCCGAGGGAGGAGGUGUGGUCCUCCCCGAGGAGCUUCCUGCCCUGAUGCUCUCCUGCGUCCUGUGUAAAGACUUGAAAAGUGGAGAGAGCGCCGACAAAGAAUGCUUGCCCAGUAGCUUGGUAGCAUAAAAAAAUCGGCUGUAAACUUCCUCUAACAGACAGCAACAUCUUAGAACCAGCCUGUUGGUGCUAUAUCCAAUCUAUUCAAAGACUUGAUGUUAAGGGGGAGGACACACAUAAAAAUAUGUUUAAGCUAUUCCCUCCCUAAUAUUUGUGUGUCUUUUUAUAUAUUAUUAUUAUUAUUAUUAUUAUUUCCUGGCCAGCUUUGUGUCUGACUAGACAUCAUGUACAGUACGUAAAAAUAAAAAAACCUUAUUUAUAUAAGAAAGAACUAUAAGCUGAUCCAAACUUCUUAUGAACACCAGUGACUCACCGAUUGCACAGCAAAAGUCUAUGAUUCAGUGUACUUUGGGGAAUAUAAUCACUAAUGAAUGUUUUCUUCUUUUUUUUAAUCAACCUUUUCCUUCUGUCGCUCUUUGGGUUGCUCUGUGCACAUCUACAUCAGUCAGACAUUCAGAUGCAUCCUUAUCGUAGUUCACUGCUUCUUAAGGCCAGUGAACCUCUCACCUCUCAGUAAGUCACUUCUCUCCAUGCACACCCAGCCAUCCUGCCCCAGUCUGUUAGAGCAGAGCCAGGGUCACACUUGUGUAUUGUCACCUUUUAUCUUUUCCUUUCUUGUUUUUGUUUUCUUCUUGCUGGUAAGACCUUUCUCUGUUCACGGGUAAAUGUAUUCAAGUUUAUCAUGCAAUGAUUUUUUUUUCAUCAUACCUAACUAGAAAUCACACAGCUAUUAUUUUUCUCUGAGAAAGGAGAUGAUUUUGAAUAUUUAAUGUCUUUUUUUUUUAAAUAAAAAUGCAACACAUUCUAA